GGCUACAUUGAAUCGAAUUUUCAGCUGUGGGUACUGGUUGUGAAUAGCAGCACAUUUGCGGUAGAGCAAACUCCUUUCCAGCGCAGAUAUGUGUCGCAGUUUCUGAGCCACCGGAUUUUCAGAGGCUGAGUUUCAUUCUCGAGCACACUGAACAGCAACAGGAUUCUUCUGGAAAUCGAAUAUUUAGGACCAGCGUCUAUUCGCCAGACCUACUUACCUGCGGCAAAAUGGGUGACGAAAACACGGAAAGGUCGACGUCCGCAACACCACGCGGUUUAUCAGAAGUCAUUAACCACAUGUCCAUCCACAAGAUCGAAAGCUUGCUGUGGUUCACGCGUAUGUGUUCCGUGGUGUUCACGCUCUUGUACAUCAUUCCACUGCUCGAUGCCAACCCAUACACCUGCUACCAGCGGGCUUUGAUAAGCAGCGCUGCCACAAGUGCGCUGCGGUUACACCAGCGGAUGCCGAGCAUUCAGCUCUCUAGAAUGUUCUUGAGCCAGCUGCUGAUUGAGGACAGCUGCCACUACCUUUUCUACUCACUCAUCUUCUUGUUUGCCCAGCCCAUGACAUUGGUGCUGCUGCCUGUGUUUCUCUUCUCUCUCCUCCACUCCGCGAGCUUUUCACUGACCUUGCUGGACAAGUUUGGUGGCCGUUCCGGUCUUCUUGGCACCUGGUUGGUGAACCUCCUGGACCACCAAGGCAGAAACAUCCUUCGACUUGUGGCAUUCACCGAAAUCUUUCUCAUGCCACUGACAGCGUUCAGCGUUCUGUCUGGACGGAGUAGCUUGCUGACUCCAUUUCUUUACUACUGCUUUCUGAGCCUUCGUUAUUCCUCUCGUCGCAAUCCCUACACAAGGACAGUCUUUCAUGAGCUACGUCUGGUGACAGAGUACUACGCGUCAAGGCCAGGCUGCCCAAUGUUCCUGAGGAACCUGCUCUACAAGACAAUAAACGUGCUGUCCCAGCUGGCACCUCCGGUCCCCCAGUAGGAAGGCACUGCUCUGCCAGUGGCUGAAGCCGCCACUGGACCACGAAACAAAAAGUUGUGCAGGGGGGGAGGGGGUCCAUUGAGGGAGGCCGUGUCCUGUGCAGCAAGUGGCAGAAAACUGUGUGUGUGCAGUCUGGGGAUGGGGGGGCCAUGCAACUUUCAUGGGCCUCUUCCCACCGUCUCUUUAUUUGGUUUUCUGCACGCCGUAUUCUUCAGCAGAGCUGCAGGGAGAGAAUAAAAGAAUCAGCAGUGUCAACUUCCUGGACAUGCUCAUGCAUACAGCUACGGUCGUGCAUGGUGGGUUGAGUUUGUUUUUUGUUUGAAAGCACAGGCGCCUCAAGUAUGUUUGUCAAAUGUUUUUCUUGUAUCUGUUUUGUUUGUUACAAGAUCUAGCUGUCGUAAUCCCGGUAGAUGCCAUUCCGGUAUGACUUGCUGCGUUUGUGAUGAAAAUAAAGGGAGAGUUAAAUCAUGAAAGAAAAACAUUGAAUCGUUCUUCUGCUACCUUUUGAAUGGUGAAUGGUGUUGGUGGUAGAGGGCACUAGUGUGUCAAGACUAAUGGAUGGAUGCAGCUAGUCGAGCACAUGCGCAAAGUAUUGUAGGCUGCCAAAGUAACAUCCGUGAAUGAAACACCAGAGCAAGAAAUGCUGACUGCCCUUAUCUUGAAAGACCCAAGAACCAUGUGUUGAACAGUUUAAGAGACUAGAAUAUGAUGUGAUCGUUGACUUAACCAGAGCACUUUUGCCAAUAAACAUGAGACUGCGUGUAAAAAAUGCUUGUCCUUUCUUCCUCUUCUCUACCUUAUAACAGAACACUACACUGCUGUUCUUGGCUUUUCCUCAUGUCAAUGUACAGCCACUCAAUUCUUUAUAAAUACCACAUGAGCAGCAACCAGACAGUGCGUCAAUGCUUUGUGGUGGGGUAGAGUAGUGAAAUGCAAGGAUAGGCGCAUGUGCUGAAUGCGCUUGCAACUCGCAGUAUCGUCUGCUAGAGUGCUCCAUUCGUUGUAACACGUCUGCAACGCCGCAAGGCAGUGACACGCACUUUCUGGUUGGCACGUACACAAUAAUAAAGAAUUCAAUGCCUGUACAGCGAGUGGCAUUUUUAUUCUAAUUGUUUUUAAAAAUUUGUUAUACUUACUACUGCUUUGUUUGCACUUUGAUUCUACUGCAAGAUCACAUUGUUCUAGUCUUUCUUGUUCAAUUAAACACUUGCAUCAUUGUUUGCUUGGCUAUUCCAAACUUGAAAAAACAACAGUGUAUAAGUGAAUCGCUGCACUGACUGGUUUUACCACCUUUCAGCAAGUAAAGAAAACAGCAUGGAUCAUAAAUGCACCAGGCUGCUGUGUAUUUCAUAUUUCAAUAAUGCAAAACCUUUAUGAUCCCAAAAUGUUGGAUUAACGGAAUUAUAGCAUUAACAACAAUCUUGUGAAUUUUGGAUGGUAGCACCUGUCCUGUUUGUUUUGUAGAUUCUGUGCUAAAGCAUUAAUAAAUCCUGUGAAGUUGCCCUACUGCCACCGGUUAUUGGCACUGCAAGUUUAAACAGUGCGAAAAGACGACAGAGGACAGCGCUGGCCGUGUGUGUAAGUGUUCUUUGUCAUCGUAUUUUCGUGCUGCUUAAGCUUUCAGUAGGUUGCACCAGCUUGCCCAAACAGAAGUACUCCUUAUCUGCACUGUUUUUCUUUUUAGUUGCUCGCACAUGGCAGAAGUAAUCCUUGUUUAUGCAGCGUCUGAAUAAUGCUCAUACGACAGUACUUUUUCUACUUUUACAGAAGAACUAGGCAGGCAAUGAUGCGUAGUGUUAUAACAGAAGAUGCAGAUUAAGAAAAUACAAUCUUGUAGCAAAAGUGGAAGUGCAAGCAGUGCAACAGUAAAGCCAAAAUUUUUACAAAUUAGUUAGUACAAAAAUGCAAGUUAGUGUAUGUUUGUGUUUGGGCACAAAUGCUUGUAAAUAAAGCUUCACACCUUGUUAACUUUUGCGGUGUAUACAUGCAAGAACUCUUAUGAGCUUCCUGCUGAAAUGUUACAAAUUGGUUGCACACAGACAACAUUGUUACCUGGACGUAACUUGUGACCGUGCUAUGAGGCUAAUGCUCUUUUUUUUUGCCUACCUGCAGUUUUUCAAUAAAAUUGCCUGUGGCUGAGAGAGCAA